AUCAGAUAAGGAGGCCCUGAAGGGAGGUAUGUUUUACAGCUCAAAGCCUGAAAUUAAAAGAGCAAUGGUGCUGGCAGAUGAUGCAAUGAGUAAAGAUAAAACUAAGCGGCUUGAGCUUGCAGUCUGCAACGAACCUUCAGAUACAGAGGAGGAGGAGGAGGAAAUGGAGCAGAUGAGUGAAAGUGUUUCAGGCAACAGUGAUGGCUGCAACAGCGAGGAGGAUGUGAAGACCAAUAAGCGAGCAGCGUAUAGUGGGAGAGGUACCGUGAAAGCCAAAAGGAGGAGGCUGCUGGAUUCUGACAGUGAUCAUGAUGAUUCUGAUGUUGAGUUCAAGCCCGAUGUGAAAGAAGCAGCAAGCAGUGAAGAAGUUAGUAGUGGGGUGGAUGAAAAUGAGUCUACUGACACAGAGAUGGACACAGAGAGCAUUGCAGAAAGUCCCAUUAAAGUCUCUUCCAAACGAAAGAGGAGAGACGCAGGCAAGCCUGCUAAAAGGACCAGCUUGGGAAAUGACCGUUCUGAAACACCCAAAAUAGCAGCAGUGGUCUCUUCAGAAGCUAAGUCCAAGCUAACUUCUUUUGCAGCACCUGAAAACUUUGAAUCUCAGGCAAAUGCUUGCAGUGGAGGAAAUGGUGGCUUUGCAGUGUGGGAGCAUGAAAAGCUGGACUGGCUGCAGGAAGGGAAAAGGAAGGAUGCGCACAGGAGGCGACAGGGUGAUCCUGACUAUGACCCUUGCAGUCUGUAUGUACCUGAGGACUAUCUUAACAAGUGUACCCCAGGAAUGCGGAGGUGGUGGCAGCUGAAAAGCCAAAACUUUGAUGCUGUAAUUUGCUACAAGGUUGGAAAAUUCUAUGAGUUGUAUCAUAUGGAUGCGGUCACGGGUGUAAAUGAGUUGGGCCUGAUAUUCAUGAAAGGCACUUGGGCCCAUUCAGGUUUCCCAGAAACUGCAUUUGGCAGGUUUUCAGAUGUUCUCGUACAGAAGAGCUACAAGGUAGCCCGUGUGGAGCAAACAGAAACCCCCGAGAUGAUGGAAGUGCGCUGUAAAUCCAUGUCUCACCCAACAAAAUUCGACAGGGUGAUACGCAGAGAGAUCUGUCGAAUCAUUACUAAAGGAACUCAGACUUACAGUGUUCUGGACUCUGACCCAUCUGAGAACCAUAACAAAUACCUUCUGAGCAUCAAAGAAAAAGAAGACUCCUCCGGACAUCGUGUCUUUGGAGCUUGUUUUGUUGACACCUCAGUAGGGAAGUUCUACAUCGGGCAGUUCUCCGAUGACCGGCACUGCUCAAGGUUCCGAACUUUGGUCGCUCACUACACUCCUGUGCAGGUGCUCUUUGAGAAGGGCAACCUUUCUGUGGACACACAGAAGAUCCUGAAAGGCUCACUUGUUUCUUGCAUUCAGGAAGGGUUGAUUUCUGGGUCCCAGUUCUGGAAUGCAUCUAAAACACUAAAGGUUCUCCUUGAAGAAGAAUAUUUCAAGGAGAAACAGAACUCUGAUAACGGAUGUUCUCUGCCGUCUGUUAUCAAAUCUAUGACUUCCGAGAGUGAUUCGCUGGGGUUAACUCCUGGUGAAAACAGUGAACUAGCUCUGUCAGCUCUGGGAGGGUGUAUCUUCUAUCUCAAAAAAUGCUUAAUUGAUCAGGAGCUGUUAUCGUUGGGGAACUUUGAGGAAUAUGUCCCUGUGGAUAUGGAUAUCGCAAAGACUACCACUUCAAGUAGUGUUUUUGCCAAAACUGACCAGCGGAUGGUGCUGGAUGGAGUCACCCUGAUGAACUUGGAAGUCCUACAGAACGGAACUAACGGUACCACAGAAGGGACUUUGCUAGAAAGGAUUGACUCUUGCUGCACGCCGUUUGGAAAGCGGCUCCUGAAGCAGUGGCUCUGCACUCCCCUCUGUAACCCUAAAUCCAUCAACGAUCGUUUAGAUGCUGUUGAAGACCUUCUGGCGGUGCCUGAUAAAAUGUCUGAAGUUAGUGAGGACCUGAAGAAACUUCCUGACCUUGAAAGACUCCUCAGCAAAAUUCACAGUAUUGGAUCGCCACUUAAAAGUCAGAGCCAUCCUGACAGCAGAGCCAUCUUUUAUGAAGAAGUUAAGUAUAGCAAAAAAAAAAUUGCUGACUUCUUGUCUGCACUGGAAGGGUUUAAAGUAAUGAAUAAAAUUGUAGAUGCCAUGGAAGAAACUGCCAGCAACUUCAAAUCUAGAAUACUUAAGCAGCUAGUCACCCGCAAAGCCAAAAAUCCAGAGGGCCGUUUUCCUGAUUUAAAUGCAGAACUUAAAAGGUGGGAUACUGCUUUUGAUCAUAACCAGGCUCGGAAGACAGGAGUGAUCACUCCAAAGUCAGGCUUUGACCCUGAUUACGAUAAAGCACUACAGGAUAUUAAAGCUGUAGAGGAAGAUCUUAAUGAGUACCUAAAUAAACAGCGCAAACUCCUUGGAUUCAAAUCCAUGCUGUAUUGGGGGGCAGGCAAGAACCGAUACCAAAUGGAAAUACCCGAAAGUGCAAUCUCGCGUAAUUUACCCGAGGAGUAUGAGCUGAAGUCGACACGGAAGGGGUACAAGCGUUACUGGACCAAGGAGAUCGAGAGGAUGCUGGCCGCGCUGGUUAACGCCGAGGAGCGGAGGGAUGCGGCUCUUAAGGACUGCAUGAGGCGCCUGUUUUACAACUUUGAUAAAAACAGCAAGGACUGGCAGACUGCUGUUGAAUGCAUCUCUGUGUUAGAUGUCUUGAUGUCCCUUGCAAACUAUAGUCAAGGUGGUGAUGGACCCCUGUGCCGACCUGUAAUUCUGCUGCCUGUGGAUAGUUCUCCUCCAUUCCUGGAACUUAAGAGUUCACGCCAUCCAUGCAUUACAAAGACUUAUUUUGGAGAUGAUUUUAUUCCUAAUGACAUCGUGAUAGGCUGCAAAGAUGAGCACAGCAGUAGUGAAGCUUCCUGCGUGUUAGUGACUGGCCCAAACAUGGGUGGCAAAUCUACGCUCAUGAGACAGGCUGGUCUCUUGGCCAUAAUGGCCCAGCUGGGAUGCUACAUACCUGCUGAGGGCUGCAGACUUACACCUAUCGACAGAGUAUUCACAAGGCUGGGUGCCUCAGACAGAAUUAUGUCAGGUGAAAGUACCUUCUUUGUUGAGUUGAGCGAGACUUCCAGUAUACUCCAGCAUGCAACAGAGCAUUCCCUUGUUCUUGUGGAUGAACUAGGUCGAGGCACAGCUACUUUUGAUGGAACAGCUAUAGCAAGUGCAGUUGUUAAAGAGCUUGCAGAGAAAAUCAAGUGUCGAACUCUGUUCUCCACCCACUACCACUCGCUGGUAGAGGAUCAUUCACACUGUGCUGCCGUGCGCCUUGGACACAUGGCAUGUAUGGUUGAAAAUGAGAGUGAAGAAGAUCCAAGCCAGGAAACAAUUACAUUCCUGUACAAAUUCAUUGAAGGAGUAUGUCCCAAAAGCUAUGGCUUCAAUGCAGCAAGACUUGCUAAUAUUCCAGAGGAGGUUGUUCAGAAGGGGCACAGAAAAGCAAAAGAGUUCGAAAAAACAACAAUUUCGCUGAGAAUAUUUAGGUAUCUCUGCUUGGUGGUGGAUGAUGCAACAAGUGACACAAGGGCCCUUCAGAAACUUACCACUCUGAUCAGUCACCUCUAGGAACACGCUGUAGCCGUAGGGGCA